AUGACCGAGAAAUCCGCGUCGGGAUCGGGCGCAAUCUCCGACAAGACCGCUGCGGCUGCCAAGUUCAAGGCCAGCGCAGGAGACGCAGGCAAGGAUGCGCGGGCAAAGGACUCGCCAGCAGCAUCUGCAGUCAAGUCCGAAACCGCGGGCUCAGGAAGUCAUUCCAGCCCAAAGAAGCGCCGCAAGGUCAAUCACGGUAAGGUGCCGUUCGCGCGCUAUGCGACAGGGAUCUUUGGGCGCAAACCUUCGGUACCCGCUUGUGUCUAUUGUCGACGUUCGCAUAUGACUUGCGAUUCGGAACGGCCUUGUACACGUUGUAUAAAACGCAAUAUCGGCCAUUUGUGCCAUGAUGAGCCUCGUGAACCCACGAAACGCAGAGAUCAAGACCAUUCGGCCGCGGACGAGGAGGGCUCGUCUAACAAUGAACUGACCAACGUCCAAGGCAUGGGAGCAAGUGUCGAUCUCCCAGACUCUGCUGGUCAGCAAAUUCUCCCAGACGGCACAAUCGGAAUUGCGCCUUCUUCGGUACAGCCUCCGAGCAUUGCCUCCUCCGGCCAAGGUAUUGAGAACAACCCUCAGCAGAUGAUGGCGUACAACGACUGGCUGGGCGGGCAAAAUCAAUUUCAAGACAUGCAUUCGCUCCAUCCUUCAUACAUGUUCAAUGCGCCCGAGGUCACUAAUGAGUACAACUUGCUUGGAGAUUUCCUCAGUAAUAGUCUGUUGGACGACGGCGCACUGUUCCAAGAUCAGAGCAUGCAGGGCAUCUACUCCGAUCCGACUCUCAUCAAUUCCAUGAACACAGUUGGUGUACAGAAUGGCCUGCCCCCGCCGGUGCAGCUCCCACCAGCGGCACAGAGCCAGGAACCUCAAGGAGAUUCCGUCCUGCGCCCAACAUCUACAGUAGGCAAUGACAAGGCUCGCGAGACAUAUUACAUGACCGCAGCGGAUCCGUCCGGAUCGGACCCACCAGAGGAGCGCAUGAACAAGCUUCUCAAGGCCAAGUACGACGCAGGACUGUUGAAGCCUUUCAACUACGUUAAAGGCUACGCUCGGCUCAAUCAGUACAUGGAGAAGAACAUGCACCAAGCAUCUAGGCAGAAGAUUCUCCGGCAGCUAGACAAAUUUCGACCCAAGUUCCGCGAACGCAUGCAGAGUCUGACUGAUAUUGAGCUUAUCCUUGUGGAGAUGUGGUUUGAGCGGAGCCUGAUGGAGUAUGAUCGUGUCUUCGCCAGUAUGGCUAUUCCAGCCUGCUGCUGGCGGCGUACCGGCGAGAUCUUCCGUGGUAACAAUGAGAUGGCACAACUGAUCGACGUACCUAUAGAGAGUUUGCGUGAUGGUAAACUCGCAAUCCAUGAGUUCUUUGUUGAGGAUCAGCUGGUGAGCUACUGGGAAAAGUUUGGCGCUAUUGCUUUCGACAACACCCAGAAAGCUAUGCUCACCAGCUGCACUCUGAAAAGCCCGAGUAACCCAACAGGCGAGGGUAUUCCAUGCUGCUUCUCGUUCACCAUCCGACGUGACAAUCACAACAUCCCGUCUCUGAUCGUUGGAAACUUCCUACCCACACAACGGGUCCACAAGUAG